AUGUGCUCCCGUGCGUCCCGUGCUUCCGUGUUCCCCGUGCUUGCCCCGUGCCCGUGCCCGUGCUGUCCGCUCGUGUUCCACGUGCCCAUGCUGUCCGUACCUGUUUGUGCCCCACCAGUCUCACACGUGCUGUCCGUACCCGGUUGUGCCCCACCCGUUUCACCCGUGCUGUCCGUACCCGGUUGUGCCCCACCCGUUUCACCCGUGCUGUCCGUACCCGGUUGUGCCCCACCCGUCUCACCCGUGCGUCCCGUGCUUCCCGUGCUGCCCCCGUGUUCCCGUGCUGCCCCCGUGUUCCUGCGCUGUCCCCGUGCUCCCGUGCUGCCCCGCUCCCCCCGUGCUGCCCCGUUCUGCCUGUGUCGUGCCCGUUUCCGUGCCGUGUUGCCCCGUUCAGCCCUUGUCCUGCCCCGUUCUGCCUGUGCUGCCCCGUUGUCCCCGUGUUGCCCCGUUCUGCCCGUGUUGCCCCGUUCAGCCCGUGUCCUGCCCCGCUCUGCCCGUGUUGCCCCGUUCUGCCCGUGUUGCCCCGUUCAGCCCGUGUCCUGCCCCGCUCUGCCCGUGUUGCCCCGUUCAGCCCCCCGUGUCCUGCUCCGUUCUGCCCGUGCUGCCCCGUUCUGCCCGUUUGUGCCCUACCCGUGCUGUCCGUACCCGUUCGUGCCCCACCCGUGCUGUCUGUUCUCGCUCGUGCCCCACCCGGUCUGUGCUGCCCGGUCUCGUGCUGCCCGUCACCCCCGUGCGGCCCGUCCCGUACAGCACCUAGUUGCUACUCGAACCCGCUACCCGUACCCGUGCUCCUCGCACACCGUGCACCUGCUGCGGGGCGUUCAACCGCAGCCGGGCACCUGUUCCACCGUGGUGGUUCAGAUGCUGCUUGGUGGUUGA